CAGAAACGUUCAAGCGAGGGAUUCAGAGAUGAGAGCGGCGACCAACACCGGCGCCGCAGUACAAGGAGGAUCGUUCAAGAUAUGGAAUUCGCCGAUUCCUUACCUCUUCGGCGGCGUGGCUCUGUUGUUGGGACUGAUCGCCGUGGCAUUGGUAAUUCUAGCUUGCUCCAGGAAGGCUUCUUCUAAUCCCGAAGAGAAACCUGCAGCCACGCCCCUGCCGGUGCUGCAGCCUGAAAUGGAGCCGAAGAUCUUCGUGAUCAUGGCGGGAGAUGCCAACCCAACCUACCUAGCAAAGCCGACCGCCUCUUCGACGACUCUCUCCGCGUACGUACGGUGAACAAGUAUGAGGUUCUAAUUAUAAGAAAAUCGAUUCAAAUCUGAACUCCUUCCAUUCCUCUCUCUUAUGAUUUUUAGGAAUUUUCUAUGCUUGAGAUCCCGGGAACGUACGUAUGUAUACUUAUUGACGAGCACAAGAGGCUUUAUAUAUAUAUAUAUGCGUGUGUCAGUGUGUGUGUUUGUGUGUGCAUGUGUGUGAGUGUAGUUAAUUGAAAGGAAGAAUGGCGCCAUUAAUAUAUUGUGUAGCUCCACGCCAUAAAUAUAUCUCUU